AUUACAGUCUACAUCCAAAGAAAAGUAUGGGCUCAAGCUCCUGCUCAAAAGGCUUCCUACUUUUUCUAUUAUUGCAAAUGAGUUUGCCCUCAUGUGUAAGGGGAGAGACUUCCACGGUCUCCUCUGACCCAACAUCUUCAGUCAUGACAGAGAUUAACACAGCAACUGAUGUACCCACUUCUAUAACCACACUCUCUACUCAGACUUCAACCUUCACUUCACCAAAUACUGUUAGCACAAUGUCCAUGACCAACACAACCCUCAAUGUCACCAUGACCAACAAUGUCACCAUCACUACAAAUGGGACAGCUCUAAGCACAGAUUCAAACAGUACAAACACGUCAAAUCUUUAUUGUCGAAUUUUCACCUGUAACCAUACAACAUGCCACCAUACAUUCAAGAAUACCAACGCCACCCUCUGCCCAGCAAGUGACAAAUACUGUGAGUUGAGGAUAUAUGACACCAUGAGAUAUUCGACGAACUGCGCUGCAAACUGCUCCACUUUCUGUACCAAUGCAUCUCAGAUCAACUGCUCUGUUGACUGUUGUAGCUCGGAGACCUGCCUUUAUGCUACCAUCACUAACCUGCUGAACGUCACCAUGAUGUCAAUGACUUCUACAACACAGUCCACCACCACUACUACUAAGGCUACCACAACUGUAACCACCACUGCUCCAACCAAUGGCAAGAAGUGUCAUAAGAUCAGCUGCAACGGGGACACCUGCUAUCAAGGCAAUACAAAUGUGGUGCUGUGUUCUCCUACCCAGAACUACUGUAUGCUAAAAAAGGCGACAAGUGGAACAGUGGUGACCUGGACAGGAGGAUGCAGUGAGGACUGCAGCAAAGAGACUGCUUGCUCGUCUGCAACGUCUACCUGCUUCUUAGAGUGCUGUAAUGCUACUACUACGGCCUCUUGCCUGAAGCUAACCGGUGCAGUGAACAUGCCCAGCUCUGCCACCAGAGGGCUGUUCUCUCCAAUGCUGCUAAUGGCCUGUUCAUUGUUCCUUUGGAUAAUAAGCAUGGAUAGUUCAGCAUAACAGGCCUCAUGUACCCAACAAACGUCAGCAUCAGCUGUAGAACACU